GUCCGGCAUCGUUAUCUCUCUAUCUGCCACUAACAGAAAACGUAAUCCAAGCCAAUGGAGGAGACGACAUGGGAACAGAGAUUACAAGCGGUGACACACAUACUCACAAACCCGACAACGAAACCAUCACUUCACUCCCAAUUCUUCAUCGGAGCCCUAAUUCCAAGCUACAUCUCGUGGGAUUACCCUCCGAUAUAUUCGCCGACGCAUCUCCGUCAAUGGUGGGUUUCUCAAUUCUUCAAAAGGGUAUCAAGAUUCGGACUUCCUGAUACUUCUUGGAGGUCGAAUUGUCCGUAUUAUCAGCCGCCGGCGGCGGUUAUGGCCGUCGGACUUGAGGAAGGGAAAUGGGGGAGAGAAGAGAGGAGAGAGUAUGCGAGGAAGAGGUUGACGAGGAAGAAACUGGUGAAUGAAGUAAAUCCAUAUAUUCCUCUUUUAGUUCCGAAUUUGCUUUUGUUUACGCUCUUGUUAUGGGAUCCUCUUCCUGAGUAAGCAACUUGUGUGUUUUUUGAUUGAAGAAGAAGAGGAGACAUAAACUCAAUUAAAUAACCGGCCCUAUCGAACCGGUAAUAUGUAUGGUUUUCUUAUUUGGUUUGAUUUUACCCGGUUUGGUUUCAAGGGUUUUCCGUUUGGAUAAGUAGCAACAUUUGUCACAUUUACCAUUUAAGAAACCCAACUAGAGAGAGUUAUGGGAUUUGUUUCUUUGUCCUUGUUUAAACUUUAAAAGGUUCGGUGGUGAUGUUUGUCAAAUUUGUCGCAAACAACAAUAAAUGACUUUGAUUGGUGGUAGUA